AUACACUCAAAACAAAACCCACCAAAAAAAGAAAAGAAAAGAAGAAGCUAGAUAUGGCGAUGAUCAACUACUCCACGAUCUUGGUUCCUCUACUUGCCGCUGUUAUGGUUUACUCUGUUUCCGCCAAUUUUUACCAAGACGUAGAGAUAACUUGGGGAGACGGACGUGGACAGAUCACUAAUAACGGCGAUCUUCUAACACUCUCUCUCGACAAGUUUUCUGGCUCAGGAUUCCAGUCCAAGAACGAGUAUUUGUUUGGUAAGAUCGACAUGCAGAUCAAGCUUGUCGCUGGAAACUCCGCAGGAACAGUCACUGCUUAUUAUUUGAAAUCACUUGGAACUACAUGGGACGAGAUUGAUUUUGAGUUCUUGGGAAAUCUAAGCGGUGACCCUUACACACUUCAUACCAAUGUCUUUACGCAAGGCAAAGGAGACAGAGAACAACAGUUCAAACUCUGGUUUGAUCCCACUAGUGAUUUCCACACUUACUCUAUCCUUUGGAACCCACAACGCAUCAUAUUCUCUGUGGAUGGGACUGCGAUAAGGGAAUUUAAGAACAUGGAAUCUCAAGGGACAUUGUUCCCUAAGAACCAACCAAUGAGGAUGUACUCAAGUCUAUGGAACGCCGAAAACUGGGCUACUAGAGGUGGUUUGGUUAAAACUGAUUGGUCUAAAGCUCCCUUCAUAGCUUCAUACCGCGGCUUCAGUGAAGAAGCUUGCGUCGUGUCAAACGGCAAUUCUUCGUGUCCCAAUGGGAGUGGCAGUGGUUCAUGGUUGUCCCAGGAGUUAGACUCGACGGGUCAAGAACGGAUGAGAUGGGUACAGAGUAACUACAUGAUAUACAAUUACUGUACCGACGCUAAGAGGUUCCCUCAAGGUCUUCCACGAGAGUGUCUAGCUGCGUAGAGCUUUUAAUGUAAAGAUUUAUUUUUUUCAUUCAUCAUAUAAAAUAUCUUCUUUUUUUCAUAUUAAGUAUCUUGUGCUUAGUCAAAUAUAAUAUUUAUGUAAGUAUGUUAUACGUGUAUGCAUAUUUUUAAGUGAAAUAAUCAACUAAAAGUUAUUUGGAUUCGU